CGGCCCCGCCCCGCCCCUCCCUGUCCCUGCUUCCCCUUCCGCUCCCGCAACGGGUGGCCUCCGUUCCGGCCCCGCCCGACCCUCCGCAUCCCUCCCUCGCCUCUCCGGCGCUCGCCUCCCGCUCCUCCUGCACUCUCACCUCCUUCGCGUCGCUUCCAAAUCGCAAAGCCGGAUUGAAACACGCAUCGCCACGCGGGGACAUGGACCCGGACGACGAGCCGUCGGCGCAGCGGAAAGCCGUCGACUUGCACCAGUCCCGCGACACGGAGCCCGUCUCCGCGCCCGCGUGCACCCGCCGCGCCGCGCCACGCGUGCUCAGCUACGGUGGUGACGAUCCUGUCGCCUCCGCCUCCGCCUCGACGCAACGCUGCGCGUCGUUCCCGCAGCGCCACGGCCACGGCGAGACGGCGCUCGCCACCGCGGCCUCUUUCGCCGCCUGGGUCGACGGCGGCUCGGCGUCGCCAUCGCCGUCGGCGGUGGCGGCGGCACUAGAGCGGGCCAUGUCGCAGUACGGCGGCGCGCUGCCGGAGUUCGUCGGCGCCGGCGGGGGCGAGGGCAUCUUCCGCGUGCCGCUCCGCGCGGCGAUGCACCCGGCCCGCCCGCCGGCGCUCGAGGUGCGCCCGCACCCGCUGCGGGAGACGCAGGUGGGCGCGUUCCUGCGGACGCUGGCGUGCGACCCGCGGCGGCGGCAGCUGUGGGCGGGCGCCGAGUCCGGGGUCCGGGUGUGGGACCUCCACGAGGCGUUCAGCGGGUGGCGGCCGGGCGCUGGCCCGCGCCGCCGCGGCGACGAGGACGCCGCGCCGUUCAGGGAGUCCGUGCCGGUCCCGCCCGCGCUCUGCGCCGCGGUCGACGGCGCCAGCGGGAUGGUGUGGACGGGGCACAGGGACGGCAGGAUCAGGGCGUGGCGCAUGGACCACGCCGCGCCCUCGCCCGCCGGAGGAGACACCGCCGGCACUACACCCAUGUUCAAGGAGGCCCUCGCGUGGCAGGCGUACAGCCGCACGCCGGUGCUCGCCAUCGUCGUCACGUCGUACGGUGAAAUUUGGUCAGGAUCGGAAGGGGGUGUCAUAAAGGCAUGGCCUUGGGACGCCAUUGCUAAGUCCCUCUCAUUUACAUCAGGAGAAAAUCAUAUGGCUGCCUCACUGGUUGAAAAAUCCUAUAUUGACCUUAGAAACCAUGCUACAGUUGGUAACAUGUGCUCUUUGCCUGCUGCUGAUGUGAAACACAUGCUUUCAGACCGCUGCCGAGCAAAAGUUUGGAGUCUAACUAGCAUGACAUUUGCUCUUUGGGAUGCUAAGACUAGGGAGCUUUUAAAAGUAUUUGGCAUCGAUGGUCAAGUGGACUUAGCUCGGCCAGAGGCCCCAGUAAUGCCAGAACAGUUCAUAGAGGAAGAGAUUAAAGUAAAACCCACAAAAAAGGAGAAACCGCAAGGUUCUUUCAGUUUUUUUCAGAAAUCUAGGAAUGCCUUGAUGGGCGCAGCUGAUGCUGUACGCAGAGUUGCAACAAAAGGGACAUUGGUGGAAGACAAUCGGCGAACCGAAGCAGUGGCUCAAGCAAUGAAUGGGACAAUUUGGUCUGGUUGCACAGAUGGUUCAAUUAUUGUGUGGGAUGGAAAUGGGAAUAGAUUGCAAGAAUUUCAUUAUCAUAGUUCUUCUGUUCAAUGUAUAAAGACACUUGGAAAAAGGGUUUGGGUGGGCUAUGCAAGUGGCACUAUUCAAGUUAUGGAUGUUGAAGGUAACCUUCUGGCAGGAUGGAUUGGUCAUAGCUGUCCAGUCAUAAACAUGGCAAUUGGUGAUUCUUACAUUUUUUCUUUGGCACAUCAUGGUGGUAUUCGAGGAUGGCCUCUAAGUUCCCCUAGCCCUCUCGAUGAUAUUCUACGCUAUGAAUUGGCUAGCAGGGAGCUGUCAUAUACAAGGCUAGAGAACGUUAAAAUACUGGUUGGGACUUGGAAUGUUGCACAAGAGAAAGCUUCUCCUGAAGCACUAAGGUCAUGGUUAGGUGGUGCAUUUUUUGAUGUUGGGUUAGUGGUGGUAGGUUUGCAAGAGGUCGAGAUGGGUGCUGGAGUUCUUGCCAUGGCAGCAGCCAAAGAAAGUGUAGGGCUUGAGGGCAGCGCCAAUGGGCAGUGGUGGAUAGACAGUAUUGGCAAAACACUUGAUGAGGGGAUAUCCUUCCACAGAGUUGGUUCAAGGCAGUUGGCAGGAUUACUUAUUGCUGCAUGGGCAAGUAAUGACCUUAAGCCACAUGUUGGUGAUGUUGAUGCUGCUGCAGUACCAUGUGGCUUUGGGCGUGCUAUUGGCAACAAGGGUGGUGUCGGAUUAAGAAUAAGAGUCUUUGAUCGCAGGAUAUGUUUCGUAAACAAUCAUUUUGCUGCACAUCAAGAAAAUGUUAGCCGUCGUAAUGCUGAUUUCGACCACAUUUAUCGGACAAUGACUUUCAACAAACCUCAUGGAUCUACAGCUUCUGCUACAUCUGUCCAAUUGCAUAAAGCAGUGAGUGCUAAUGAAAAUCAAGCCGAUGAAGAUACGCCUGAGCUGGCAGAAGCUGAUAUGGUUGUCUUUCUUGGUGAUUUCAACUACCGGCUUAAUGGCAUCACCUAUGAUGAAGCAAGGGAUAUGGUCUCUCAGAGGAGCUUUGACUGGCUUAGGGAAAGGGAUCAACUUCGAGCGGAAAUGAAGGCAGGAAAUGUGUUUCAAGGAAUGCGUGAAGGUCCAAUCAAAUUUCCUCCAACCUACAAAUUCCAAAGACACCAGUUGGGUCUCUCAGGGUAUGAUUCAGGCGAGAAGAAGAGAAUACCUGCUUGGUGCGAUAGAAUACUAUAUCGAGAUAGCCGUUCUGUAUCUAUAGCUGAAUGCUCAUUAGAGUGUCCUGUUGUUGCUGCAAUUACAGCGUAUGAAGCUUGCAUGGAUGUCACAGAUAGUGAUCAUAAACCUGUGAGAUGUAUAUUUAGCGUUGAUAUUGCAAGAGUAGAUGAGCUGAUAAGAAGGCAAGAGUUUGAAAAAAUAAUCGAAUCUAACAAAAAAGUAUGCUCUUUGCUUCGAGAGUUGCAUUUUGUUCCAGACACUAUCGUCAGCACAAACAACAUUAUAUUGGAAAAUCAAGAUGAUGUUAUCCUUCGAAUAACUAAUAACUGUGAAACUAGUAAGGCUGCUUUUGAAAUCCUGUGUGAAGGCCAAUCAAUCAGAAAGCAAGAUGGAACUAAAUCUGAGCUGCUCCUAAGGGCAUCCUUUGGCUUUCCACUUUGGCUUGAGGUCCAACCAUCAAUCGGUCUCAUCGAACCUGGAGAAACAAUGGAAGUUGCUGUGCAUCAUGAAGACUUCUUCACACAAGAAGAAUUUGUCGACGGAGUACAGCAAAACUGGUGGUGUGAAGCCACCAGAGAUAUGGAGGUUGUUCUUUCGGUGAAUGUCACAGGCAGCUCCUCGACUGAGGCCGUCACACACAGGAUCACUGUCCGGCAUUGCUGCCCGGUGCCUUCAGCUCCCCCACCCGUUAACCCACACUCUAUUAGCGACUCACCAAGUGAUGCUGAGUCAGGUUCCAAGAAUAACCAGUUGAAUCACUUACUACGUUCUGAUUUUGCAAAAUUUGGCAGCUCAGAGGUGCAUGACUUGUGCGGUGUGCGAAAGCGAAGCUUGUAAAAGCUGAGCUUAAUUUCUUUUGCUUGGUGUUGUAGUUCUUCUGAGUGUUUAGCCGGUAGAGCCUUAGAUUUCUUGCCUAAGCUGGGAGGAAAAGUGGCUCUGCUCUUCAUCCUGUUCUGUACAUAUGCCUCACCGCUUUGCGUAUCAAAUCAAAAAGGGGAAAAAGGAGGAAAGAAAUGUGCAGUUGUUGCAAUUACCCUUAAAAAUUUAAGUUAACCUUUUUGUUUUACCUUCUUUAGUAGAUUUGGCAGCGAAAUUAUGUUGUUAGAAGGUGUAGUAUAUAAUUGUAUAUAUAUAAUAUGUAAUAGAGGUUGUGAGUUUGAAGUACCGACUGAUCAAUAGUCUGUAUAAUUUACUUCAUUGAUUGAAUCACUGUAGAGUGGUUUGUACACAAAGGCAAUACAUGUGACUUACAGGACAUUCUCCUUGAUUAAUGAGACUGUAAUCUUUUGUUGUA